AUGUUUCUCUUACGAAUAAUACCCGUGAACUUGAUUAUCUUAGCACGAGCUACCAAUUUUCAUUGGUCGUGCAAUCAAGCUCAGGAUGCCUUGCCAAAUUUUUUUUUUUUUCAGUUUUGUAAUCUGAUUUUUUUUUUUUUUUUUCAUUCAUUUCACAACCAUAAAACAUCAAGUGUUGUCUACUAUUCAAGAUCAAUGAGUUCUGCAUUGUUAAUAGCCAAGUAUUUGGGAGUAGAUAAAAGAACAGAACUCAUAGAACAGUUGUGUUCAGAGUUAAAGGAUACUCAAGACAAUGUGGAAGUUUUAAUUGAACUUUUAGAUGGAUUUAAUCUUGAUGAGCAUCUCGAUUUAUAUCAAAAUAUCUUACAAUUUUGCCAAACUAAAUUAUUAGAUGAAGAAGAUUUUGAAAUCAUUUUGAAAUUUUUAACUAAAAUCCCUGAAUUAAGAAAAGAAUUAGUCGAGUAUAUGGUAUGCUUGAUGAAAGUGUAUAUCAAAAAUCAAGUUUAUUACUUUCAUCCAGAAUUAACCAAAGCCAUUCCAUUAUCGACUACAAAUGAUCUGAAGGAGACUUCAGUAACAAAUGAAGACUUGAUUUUGAUUUUCAAAUACUUAGAAGCAUUGUUUCAAGAAAAUUUUGUUGAAAAUUCAGAAAUUGAUUAUGUAUUGUUGGCAUUUUUAGGAAUUGACGAUAGAGAUAUUGCUAAUUUAACUUCAAAAUUAUUACGUUGGAGAAUGAGUUCCAUUGCUAAGGAUAUUGAUGAACAAUUAAUUUGGAAGAUCAUAUUUACUUUACUGAAAACUAAUCAAGAUUUUCAUAAAAGUCACGCAUUUAUUUUAUGGUUGAGAUACGUGAAUACAAAUUUAACUGAUAGUAAAAUAUUCCAAGAAUUAAUUCAUGACGACGAAUACUGGUUACUUUUACAAGAUGGGUUAAUAAGUGAUUCUCACGAGUAUCGUAAAUUCUGCUUAUCAAUCUUACAAUGUUCCUUGGAAUCAAUCAACACCAAUUUCAAGAAUAAUUAUGUAUCAUGGGACAUCACCCAAAGAGAAAAGUAUUUAAAGGAAUGGUCAAGAUUUAUGACAUUAUACGAAAUUCUUGGUAUUGAUACUUCUUUGAAUCAAGCAGAAGCUGGUAAAAAUGAUAUGACAGGAUUGAUUUCACCAAAGGCAUUGAUUCCUCCUUCAUGGGGUUGGUGUUUAUUGUCAACUGGUCUUAAUGCUUCCCUUGAAUCAGUAAGAAGAUUCACAUUAAAACUUUUGUUGUCUAUUCCACACGAUAACUUGUAUUUAAUCAAACAUGGUUUACCUAUUUUUGAACGUGCAUUUUUGCCACACUUGAUGAAUGCUUCCAAUUUAAACAUCAAGGUGAUUGAUGGAAAAUUGGAUUGUGAGUAUGCAUAUCAAUUGAAGUAUUUUAUUUCAAGUAUUGUUGAAAGAUUAUCGGCCGAACAAGAUGUUCAAGAUGUUACUUUAUCAAUUUUAAAAGUCUUAGCCGGGUUGAAAGAUAGUUAUAGUCCUUCCAGAAUCUUAGUCUUGCAUGGAUUACUCGAUGGGUUGCAAGGAAGAAAAUUAUUGAAAUUUGGUGUUCAUGACAUUCCGUUGGCUAUAUUAUUUGAAGCAAAUUCUGAAGGUGAGAUUUUUGCCAAGUAUCACGAUACUCUUACUUUGAGAUUAUUAUUGCAUUUUAAAUUUGAUGACAGAAGUUUGUUCUUUGCAAAUUUGAAUAAAGUUAUCAAGUAUAAUGGCUACAAACUUUUGAGAGACAACAAGAGUUUGAUUGAAGAGUAUCUUGAUAUAAUGUCACUUGAAGAGGCAUUAGCAGAUAGCGAUAUCCAACAUCAAGUAUUGGCUAUAUGUUUCACCAACAAAGAUAUCAGUUCAUUCUUGGAAACUUGUGAAGACUUGUUUUUAGCUAAAUUGUUGGAGUCAGGUUGUAGAACUGCAGAGUUGAAAAAAUUUGAAGAUAGAUUACAGGGCCUUAUUAACAGUGAAGAAACAGAGGUGAUCAAAGCUUUAUCUAAUGCAGAGUUUAACUUCUCAGUUACUUCUGAAAUUUUACUGGAGUUAUGGAUGAGAAUUAAAGAGGAAACUCAGUCAGAUAGCAAAGACGUAUUGGAAGCUAGUCUUUACAAGAUGAGACUUUUAAAUCAAAUCUAUGAAGCAUCACCAAAUGUUCCUUUUGAAGAUAGUACUGCUGUUGUUGAAUUUAAUAAAAUCAUGUUGGCUAAUUCUCACGAACUUUCCAAAACGGCUCGAUUCUUUUAUAAAUUGAAGGACGAAAUUUGGGGAGAGUACUAUAAAUUGUUACAAAUCUCAUGUGAAAGAACUGGUGUUAAAGAUAUUAAAUCAAUUUUGCAAGUAUUAAAUCCUGGUACUACAAAUCUCAAGGCAAAUGUAUCCAUGGUCAGUGUGCUCUAUGACUAUUUAGAAUUGACCGAGCAACCAGAAUGUGUUUAUGAUAUUGUUGAAUUUUUAUGUGAAUUAUGGCUGAACAUUUCAGCAAUCAAAUUAAAAUUACACGCAUUGUCAUUACACGUUUUAUUGAUCAAGACAUUUUUUCAUCCAAAGGUGGUUUUCAAUUCUGAGAGUAAGAAUAUGAUGAUCCAAUUUGGUCUUUCCAUUAUCGGUGGUUCCGACACCAGACGUCGUUUCUUGCCUACCUUAGCCACUAGCUUGACUAAAUGUCAACUUUACAAUGCUAUAGAAUUUGAGAAAUUAGAAUGGCUUCCUGAAGUUUUGAUUAAAGCUUAUUUGGUUCAUCAACCAAAGAUGCAUUUUUUCAUACUUCCAGUUAUUUUGGCAAAGAUUUAUGAUAGAGAGAUCAGUUUUGAUAAAAACUCAGAUAUUUACACCGAAGUUUAUGGUGAAGCCGAAAUCAGUGCCAGAGUUAAAAUUUUGGCUAUUUUCAAUUCUAUCAAAUCCAAAGAAUUAUCUCAAAAUAUUCAUGAUUAUAUAAUUGAAAAUCAAGAGGAUUUCCACCUAUUUAAACCACUUAGAAGUACGGACUCCUAUGAAGAAUGGAUUAGAAUGCAAUUAUAUUCUAUUGUGUUAUCGUUGUCAAGUAAUAUUGAAAUUGAUCUUGACAUAUUCUUGGAAAGAAUUGCUAUUGAACCUAGUCCAAUGGUUCGUUCUUAUAUUGAAUGGAUUAUUUCCACUAAAUUAUUGACUAAUGAUGAGUACGUUGAGAGAUUAUUGAACGAACUAGUCAAGAAUAUCAAUAACUUGAAGCCAUCAGUUGUUGUAUCAUACAUGAAGAUGGUUUUCCUUCUGAUUAAACAACAAGACAUUCCAAAGGAAUGUACAUUAUUGACAAGAUUCUUAAAUACUGUUAUUCCAGCUUCAACUUCAGCCCGUAAAAUGGUUCGUCAUUUUGCAUUAUCAUUGGUUAUUUCUAUCCAUGAUGAAAUCGAGAGAAAGAAGUUACCUCUCGACUCUCAUGUUCUUGAUAUUGUUGAAAACUUGUAUAUCAAUGCAUUGGAAUCUGAAACUUUUGCUCAAUAUAGAAGUGGUGAUGAUUUGUUAUGGAAUAUUGUUGAUGAUAUGACUUUGGUAAAUAUUUCCGGAGGUGUAAUGUUAAGAUUGACUGAUAGAACUGAUUUGGAAUUUAUCAAAAAGGAACAAUUCGAUGAAUUCCUUUUCGCUGAACAACUUGUAUCAUUAAACCAUAAAAUAGGUGUUAAUCCAAUAAUGUGGUAUUCUCAAGUUGGUGCCCCUAAGAAGAAAGUUAUUGUUACUCCAAUAGAACCAGUGGUUCAAUCAUCACCAUUGCAAACAAAGAGUGGUGCCUGGAAUACUAUCAUGGAAGUUGAUAACGAUAGUCUGCGUAUUGCAGAAGUUGAGAGAAGUGAAUUAAUUGUUGUCUCAUCUUUGGUUGAUAAACCACCAAACUUGGGUGGUAUUUGCCGUUUGUGUGAUGUUUUGGGUGCUGGGUUAUUAACAUUACAUGAUAUUGAAGUUAAAAAGCAUCCUCAUUUUAAAACUGUUGCUGUAACUGCUGAUCACUGGAUGCCAAUGAUUGAAGUUAAAAUGGAGAAUAUUAGAGACUAUUUGUUGGAUAAGAAACGCGAGGGAUAUACCUUAAUCGGUCUAGAACAAACUGACAAGUCUGUUGAAUUGAAUAAUGAUUUGAAAUUCCCAAAGAAGUCUCUUAUUUUAAUUGGUAAAGAAAGAGAAGGUAUUCCUGGUGACUUGUUGGCAGAAUUGGAUUUCUGUGUUGAGAUUAAACAAGUUGGUAUUGUUAGAUCAAUGAACAUUCAAACUGCCACAGCAAUCAUCGUCCACGCAUAUUCCUCACAACAUUGUUAA